GGUGAGGGGAGCUACUCCGCAGACCCGGAGGGAGGCCGAGGCUGUGGGGAGGGGGGAGGGCCGGAGACCCAGCAGGGGGGCGCGGCGCGACGCGACGCGACCUGGAGCUUGGAGCCAGGGCGGCUCCCCGGCCUGUCCGCUCUGCAGACAUUCAGACCCCGUGACGGCCCCUCCUCAGCCCCCGUGGCGCCCUCUGUUCCUUCAGCUGUCACCUGGGAGCCCUUUCGUCUGAAACUACAUCCCACCUCCUCCGGUGUUUCUCUGCCCUGGACCCCUGUCCUCGUGUCCCUAACGCGGUCACCGCACGAGAGGAAGCGGUGUGCCGCGCGUCCCUGCCCGCCUGGAAGCAGGCCUGGCCCAGUCUCCAGGGCACCAUGAAUGCCAUCGUCGCGCUCUGUCACUUCUGCGAGCUCCACGGCCCCCGCACGCUCUUUUGCACAGAGGUCCUGCACGCCCCACUCCCGCAAGGGGCAGGGAGCGAGGACGGCCCCGGCCGGGGCGAGCGGGCUGAGGAGGAGGAGGGCGGCAUCCGCAUGAGCAGCCGCGGCCGCGCCCACAGCCCGGCCGAAGGGGCCAGCGCGGAGUCCAGCAGCCCGGGGCCCAGGAAGUCGGACAUGUGCGAGGGCUGCCGGUCACUCGCUGCAGGGCAUCCCGGGUACAUCAGCCAUGACAAGGAGACCUCGAUCAAGUACGUCAGUCACCAGCACCCCAACCACCCCCAGCUCUUCAGCAUCGUCCGCCAGGCCUGUGUGCGGAGCCUGAGCUGUGAGGUGUGCCCCGGCCGCGAGGGCCCCAUCUUUUUUGGGGACGAGCAGCACGGCUUUGUGUUCAGCCACACGUUCUUCAUCAAGGACAGCCUGGCCCGGGGCUUCCAGCGCUGGUACAGCGUCAUCGCCAUCAUGAUGGACCGCAUCUACCUCAUCAACUCCUGGCCCUUCCUGCUGGGCAAGAUCCGUGGGAUCAUCGACGAGCUCCAGGGCAAGGCGCUCAAGGUGUUUGAGGCGGAGCAGUUUGGGUGCCCGCAGCGUGCCCAGAGGAUGAACACUGCUUUCACACCGUUCCUGCACCAAAGGAACGGCAACGCUGCCCGCUCGCUGACGUCCUUGACGAACGAUGACAGCUUGUGGGCGUGCCUGCACACCUCCUUCGCCUGGCUCCUGAAGGCGUGCGGCAGCCGGCUGACUGAGAAGCUCCUGGAAGGCGCGCCCACUGAGGACACCUUGGUCCAGAUGGAGCAGCUUGCGGACUUGGAAGAGGAGUCAGAAAGCUGGGGCGACUCUGAGGCUGGAGAGGAGGAGAAAGCCCCUGUCUUGCCCGAGGGGGCCGAGGGGCGGGAGCUGACCAAGUGCCCCGCGGAUUCGUCCUUGCUCUCAGACUGUGGAAACUGGCAGCCCCGAAAGCUCUCUGUCUUUAAAUCCCUUCGGCACAUGAGGCAGGUCCUGGGUGCCCCAUCUUUCCGGACACUGGCCUGGCACGUCCUCAUGGGGAACCAGGUGAUCUGGAAAAGUAGAGACGCAGACCUUGUCCAUUCAGCCUUUGAAGUUCUUCGGACCAUGCUGCCCGUGGGCUGUGUGCGCAUCAUCCCUUACAGCAGCCAGUACGAGGAGGCCUACCGCUGCAACUUCCUGGGGCUCGGCCCCCACGUGCAGAUCCCUCCCCACGUGCUGGCCUCAGAGUUUGCUGUGGUGGUGGAAGUGCACCCGGCCGCUCGCUCCAGCCUGCACCCGGCCGGGAGCGAGGACGAGCAGGCCCUCGGCAAGCACGAGUUCGUGGUGACCAGUGGGAGUGCUGUAGCCGCAGACCGAGCCGGCCCCACCAUCCUGAGUAAAGUGGAAGCGGCUUUGACCAACCAGAAUCUGUCGGUGGACGUGGUCGACCAGUGCCUCGUCUGCCUCAAGGAGGAGUGGAUGAAGGGCUGCACCUGGAAGCUGCUGUCUCCUCUCACUGCCCUCACACCCCGGGACACUGGAGGGUCCUAGCGCUGCCCUCUCGCACGCUGUGGUUCAACGUGGACUCUUGGUUAACACAUAGCUGCGAGGUCUUAGUUUGAUUUGAGGGCUUUAGAAUAAAGAUAAGGGUCAAAAUUCUUCCUACAGAAACACUAAGGUGUCUUUAAAGACUGGCUGCUUCCUUGGAGAGUAUGUGUGUUUAAAAAAUGAUUAAUCUAAUCUUUAAGCCAGUAAUCCCUGGGAUCGAUCAAAGUUCCUCGGCAACCACCGUGCAGAGUCAUGAGAAAAAGCACCAGCCUUCAGCUGUCAGAAGAGGGGCCCUCAGGCCAAGACCCCAGUCUCCCUGACCUGGGCAAAAAUCUGCACAAGUAACAGCUGUCAGCCGGGCCCCGAGAGAGCGGUUUGGUUGUAAUUUCUGCGUGUCUCACAGGGCCCAACAAGAAUAGGCACAGGACAGAGGAUGCCGCCCACAGCAGGCAGCACCCAAGCCCCAGCCUGCAUCACCGCCGGGGCAGAGCCUGCCCCCAGUGUCGGCACAGGGCUUUCCUCCCUCCCAGGUUCGUGCCGAUGGGCGUGAGAGCCAGUCUGGGCCUUGUCUAAGUUGCCUGCUGCGCAGACGCGCUGGGUGUUGUGGGAAGCGGCCGGGAAGCUACUUUCAAUGUGGCACUGGCAUGCGCUGGCCGCACGGGGACCGUGCGGCACUUUCCAACAGCCCUUGAAGCUUCCUUGGGAUCCAGAAUAGCCUUCAAAUGGUUUGGACUGACUUGGGAAAAGAGCAGUGGAAACGGCCUGGCAGGUACUAAUGGCCCGCCUGCUUGUCGCAGCAGCGCCAGGCCGCCCUCAGUACCGGACGCAGUGCCGGCUCACAGCUGGAGGACGGGGCUGGGGACUGAGGGCACGGGAGGAGCCUGGCGUCUACUGGAUGCAGCUCAAGGGGUGGCGAGAAGCCCGAGAGGACGAGGCCCGGAGCCCCGGCUGCCUUGAUGGCUCCACACAGCCCAACGCCCCAGGGCCUGAAACGUCACCUUGAUGCGCCAGGGCCUGGGGAUCCUGUCUCCCAAGGUGGGUGUGAAACGGGGUGGGGGUGUGGUGGGAAGGUCACUUCUCAAAACCCCUGGAGCAAACAAGGCUGUGCUCCCUGUAAGAGCAGCCGUUCCCACGCAGGGUUCCCACCAGACGUCUGUCCCCACAGAACUGGGGCGGGAGUGGCCCUCAACACCCCACUGCAAACAUUCUAGCCUUUGGGAAGCCCCGCUCUGCUCUCCGGGGACAGCUGGAAGGCGAGGACCCUCCCCAGGUCCAGGUCUGCACAGCUGGAGGUGGGGGCAGGGGGAGCUUCCCCACCACCCUGCCUCGCCAGGCCCUGCUGGGACCCCACCGCCGCCAGUGGGAGGUCAGCGGGGAGCAGCCCAUCAGCUCCUGCUGCUGUUCGCUGACUUGGAGCCAAGAACCGCGUCCCAGCUCCGCCUGCACUGGACGCCCCCCGACCGCUCUG